AUGGCUGAAGACUGUGCAAACCCGCUGCUGGCGGGAUGGCUGAAGGAAUGGAUGGAUGAAGCAAAAGAACGCAACAGUAAAGGCUACACUGUUUACAAAAAAGCAUAUCAAUCCAUCAAAGCGUGCCCCCUGGCUUUCAGCCACCCCUCCGAAGCCCAACAACUGAACGGCCUGGGCCCUAAAUUAUGCGACCGACUUACGGAGAAACUCAAACAGCAUUGCGAGCGGAAUGGUCUAGUUAUGCCAAGCAAGAAAGGCCGGAGGAAUAGGACAUCAGAAGACUCGCCGCCAGAUGAGGCCCGACCGGACGAAGCAGAACAGUCCUCGCCAGUCCGAAGGAAGCGGAAGGCUCAGCCAUAUGUUCCAAAAUACAGGUCUGGCGCUUAUGGAUUGAUAGUCGCUCUCGGCACCUUGGACCGCGAGAGCAAUCAGGCCAUUCCGAAACCCGACCUGAUUGAACUGGCACAGCCUCACUGCGAUGCGAGCUACACGGUCCCGAGUGACCCCACGAAAUUCUUCACGGCGUGGAAGUCUAUGCAAACAUUGGAGUCAAAAGAGCUUGUGUGCACCAAGGGCCACCCGACGAAACGAUAUUACUUGUCCGAUGAAGGAUGGGAAGUCGCGGAAGGUAUACAAGCGAGCGCCGGCGGUCGGCCUGGGGCGGCGAAGAAGAAAAAAAAUCAGCGGGAAACUACAUCAACUCGUCGCGUGAACGCUUCAAGAACCGUCACCCCAGAGCCUGAAAAGCGGCAAACAGCUUCGGCUGCCCCAGUACAACCCAGCCGACUUGCCGGCGCUGCAGCUCGUCGAGCUUCUGAUGACUUGGAAGUAUUAUCGAUUUCCGAAAACGACAUGCCUGAGACAGACCCGGAGACGAGGUUCGUGCGCUCUGAUGGCGGAAAACUUGGUCGAGGACCGACAGGUUCCAACUCCUCCCUUGAGGAUACAGUCACCUUGCCAGCAGGAAGCUUCGAGGUGAAAAUGGUGCUGGAUAUGCGCGAAGUUCGCACAACCACUGACCGAGAUUAUAUCUCUGGGGAGCUGAAAAAGCAUGGUAUCACUGCGACCAUUCGCUCACUUCCACUAGGUGAUGUCUUGUGGGUCGCAGAAGUAAAUCCGCUCUACACUAAUAGUCUCAAGGCAGCAACUGUUGGCGACGAAGGCGACGACAAGGUAGAAAUCGUCUUGGAACACAUCCUGGAGCGCAAGAGGCUCGACGACCUGAUCAGCAGUAUCAAAGACGGACGUUUCCACGAACAGAAAUUCCGACUGCACAGGUCCGGGAUAAAGAAUGUGACUUACCUUAUUGAGGAGUACUCGAUCUCUUCCGAGAGAAGUGAGAAGUACGGCGAUGCACUGGAAAGCGCCAUCGCCAGUAUGCAAGUGGUCGACAACUUCUUUGUCAAGCAAACAACAAAGCUGGACGACACGAUCCGUUAUCUUGCCCGUAUGACCAAAACCCUCAAGGGACUGUACGAGAGCAAGGACAUCAACGUCAUCCCUGCUCAAAGCUUCGAAGCCGAGGCUGUUUCAUUAUUGCUGGAGCGGUUCAGAAAGAACUCUCCUGGGAGGGCCUUUGGCAUGACAUUCUCGGUAUUUAGUGCCAUGUGUGACAAGUCGGAGAGCAUGACGCUUCGAGAUGUCUACCUCAAGAUGUUGAUGUGUAUCAGAGGCGUGACUGGGGAGAAGGCAAUUGAGAUACAGAAAAUCUGGCCGACGCCGCGUGCUCUGGCCGAAGCUUUUGAGGCGCAAGAAGAGGGAAAUGCGCGGGACGCGAUGAUCAGCGAUCGUCUUGGGUCUACCAUCCCUCGGAAGAAGGUUGGGAAGGCAUUGAGCACCAAAAUUGCAGAGAUUUGGGGGUGA